AUAAAAAAUAAAAAAAGUGGGAAAAUAAUCUUUAAUAAUAUUCAUUUUAUGUAGCUUUUGUCUAGGUUGAACGAAAACUCAUCAAGGAGGAGGCGAAAUCUGAUUCCAGAGACACUGCUGCACCGUUAAGAAAAAGAAGAAAAAAUGGCUUUCAUAAUGGAAUUCGCUGAGAAUCUGGUUCUGAAAUUGAUGGAAGAUCCUAACGAAAGGGAUCGUAGAUUCAGGGAACAUGUGUAUAAGACGAAGGAUAGGUGCGCGAAGACGAAGGAGAUGUGGAGUUACCCUAUGCGACCUUAUGGUUUCUGGACAUUUGAACGCCAUAACUCUCAGCUUGCUUGGGAUGCUCAGAUUAGUCAAGUUGCUGGUCGUAGGGAUCCUUAUGAUGAAAUUCUUUCACAUUACCCUGCCUCAUCUUCGAAAUGAGUGAUGCUGAAGUUGUCUUAACUCACAAGUGUUCUUUGUGAAAAACUGGGAACUAUAUUGGGUUUGUAAUGAAGUCGUCUUAUUUCCUUUUUUAAUCUCCUGUUUUGUUGCAUGUUACAUUGACUACACCGGGUUUGUAAUGAACUAUAUUGGUGUGUCUAAUAAAGUUUCAUAGAACUAUGGUGUUAUAUUAGAUGUUUCUCCAUUGGGAAUAUAAAUUAGUGGCCAAUUGCACUUCCUGGCUGUUUGUCUGUUUUAUGGGUGUGUAAUCUCUUUAUUUACAUAAUUGGGCAGAGUUUUCGUUUCAGUCUUGUUUAAGAUUUAACUCUUCUGGAUAUUAUAGAUUUAAUUCAAUUA